AUGUACCGUGUACCUGGCCCUAUUCUGAGCGGUGGACGUGUCCUCGCUCAUGUAAACGUCACAGCCACCCCCAAAGGUGGGCGCUCUCGCAGUCGCCCUUUUCCAGGACGCGCCGGCAGGUGGCGCCCGAGGGGCUCCCCGGCCUUGGCGACCUCCGACGGAGAGCGCGGCGCCCUGUGGUGGCAGGAAGGCGGUACCGAGCCCGGGGUGGGCGUCGGGGGGCCCCCGCCGCGCCUGCCCGCCCUGCCCGCCCUGCCCACCGGGACCCAGCGGGCGGCGCGGAACCGCCAGGGGCUCCAGUCCCUGCGGCUGCCGCCCCUGUGCCAGCCCGACCCGCCCCGGGGGUCGGCGUCCCCGCGAGCCGUGCCUGGAAAGCGUGAGGACGGCAGGAGGGGCGCGGCCUGGGAGGCCCCGGACCCCGCGGGCGCCCUCCGGGGAGAGCUCCUGCACCGGCUCCGGGAGAGGAGCGCUGAGCCGCAGCCGCAGACCUCCGCAGCACAGCAACAUCGAAGGGGUGUGUCAGAGCACUGCCAAGGUUCUCGUCAGUGUCCCCACUGCUCAUUCCUCCCAGACCUGCCGGGACAGUCGUCAUCCUUCCAGAAUAGCCUUAAGAAGAUUUUGCUCUGUCAGAUACCUGCCCUGGGACUCCUGAAGGGUGAUCACUCACGAUUCACCACCACCAGGAAGGCCAACCACAGGCCCCCCAGUACGCAGGUCACCAAGGCCAAGGAUGUGCUCACGCACAGCUCCUUGGGGGAAGGCUCAGGGCCCCGCAGGCGGUGUUGCCCUUUCCGAGUGCGGUUCGCUGAUGAGUCCAUGUGGGACACUUUGCUCCGCUACUGGGAGCGCAACUGUGCAGUCCAGCAGAACACCAUUAAGAACAGGACGGUCACCCCGCCAACAGUGACAGAGCAGGUGUUCAGGAACAUCGGGAGAUGGCUGGACAGUUUGCCCAAAGACCUGUACCCCAGCAACAAGCAGGAGACCAUGGCCGGCCCCUCAGACUGGGACUGUCCCAGCCUGCCCACCCAGGAGUCACAGGGCCACCUUUCUGAGGAUGCCUCCAUGAAUAGCAGCCUGCCCUUCAUCCCUAGGGCCACCACUCAGAGGCGGUGGGGGCCCCUCAAAACCUUCCUGGACACCCACAAUGUCCUGGAGCGGGAGUCCUUCCUGCCCAGCUUGAUGCUGCAGCCGGUGCUGAAGCGAGGCCACCCGAAGGCGUACCAGCUCCUCCUGCCGUCCCUGACAACACAGCGUGCUCAGAAGUGA